AUGAUGAUUACUUUGUAUAAAAGAAGACAGAAAGACCUUGUGCUUGACCCGAAGGAAUUUAAUAAAAUUCUUGAAAGCGCAAAUCCAGAUCUAAAAGGUUUUUUUGCCAAAAUGUGUAAUAUAUUAAUACCAAAUGAUCGAUCUUCUUAUAAUCAAAAUGAAGAUAAAAAGCAAAUUGUUGUUAUUUUGUAUUUAAUGGCUGAAUUGCAAAAUAAGUACAUUAAUAGCUUCAAGCUAGAACUAGCUUUGUAUCUUGCAGGAUCAAGAACAUCGUGUAAUGCAAUUAAUGCACUAAGCAAUGCUGGAAUUUUCGUUACUUACCAAACUGUAUAUAAUUAUAAAAAGAAGAUUGCUAGCAAGACAAAUGUAGUAAGUAUGCCAGCUAGAUAUAGUACUCCAUUUCCUUCUUCAUAUAAUAGUUGUGAUUGCUAUCAUCAACUAUUGACUGCUAAUAAUGAUAAAAUUGUCCUGAUCUGUGAGCAUGGAUAUCAUAUAGAAUGCUACAAAAAAAUAGAGGAAAGAUGUCAUUACUGCUUAAAUUAUUACAAAGAUGGCAUAUGGCACAAUGUCGAUGCAUUUUUAGAAUGCUUAAAUUCAGAAAAAAAUAUUGAUAUUAAGGAUUUAAAUAAUCAAGAUAAGAAUGAUCAAGAUAAUACCGCAGAUAAGAAUGAUUUAGAGAAGGAAGGUAAUCGACUAGAUAUGAGUAAAAAAGAAAAAUUAGACUUGGAAUUGCAAAAUAAAAUUAUUGAAAUAGAUAAUUG